AUGAACACGUGCAAGUUUUUAGAUCAGGACAUUGAGGGCAGGGUGGGUAAGGUGCCCAAGCAAGUCCAGAACCCGUCGCUGGUGGCCACCAACCGAACUAUGGUGAUGGCAGAACCGGAGAAGAAGCGGCGGCAGAGGUACGUGGAGAAAGACGGAAAGUGCAACGUCCACCACGGAAAUGUCAGAGAAACGUACAGAUACUUGACGGAUAUAUUCACCACCUUGGUAGACCUCAAAUGGAGAUUUAACUUACUCGUUUUCACCAUGGUCUAUACAAUCACUUGGAUUUUCUUCGGAUUCAUUUGGUGGCUUAUUGCUUAUAUCCGUGGGGACCUUGACCACAUAGAGGAUUCAACGUGGACACCGUGUGUGGACAAGUUAAACGGGUUUGUGUCAGCCUUUCUUUUUUCUAUCGAGACAGAGACCACCAUCGGGUAUGGAUACAGGGUCAUCACGGACAAGUGCCCAGAGGGAAUUGUUCUUUUGUUGGUCCAGGCCAUACUUGGCUCCAUUGUCAAUGCAUUCAUGGUGGGCUGCAUGUUUGUUAAGAUCUCCCAGCCAAAGAAACGAGCAGAGACCCUUAUGUUCUCCAAUAUGGCCGUCAUCUCUGUGAGGGACAACAAGCUCUGUUUGAUGUUCAGAGUUGGAGAUCUGAGGAAUUCGCAUAUCGUGGAGGCAUCUAUAAGGGCCAAACUGAUCAAAUCCAAACAAACCAAGGAGGGCGAGUUUAUCCCUCUCAAUCAGACAGACAUCAAUGUGGGUUUUGACACUGGAGAUGACCGCCUCUUCUUGGUUUCUCCACUAAUCAUCUGCCAUGAGUUCAAUGAACAUAGCCCUUUUUGGGAAAUCUCCAAAGAGCAGUUGGGGAAAGAAGAAUUCGAGAUUGUAGUUAUUUUGGAAGGGAUGGUCGAAGCCACGGGUAUGACAUGUCAAGCCCGCAGCUCGUAUGUGGAAAAUGAGGUCCUAUGGGGCCACCGGUUCAUGCCCGUCCUGACUCUAGAAGAAGGUUUCUAUGAAGUGGACUACGACACCUUCCACAACACUGAUGAAACACCAACUCCAACCUGCAGUGCCAAGGAGCUGGCAGAACUCAAUGAAAAAGCCUCUCCUCCUCCUCCUCCUCCUCCUUCUUCUUCUUCUUCUCCUCCUCCUCCUUCUUCUUCUCCUCCUCCUCCUUCUUCUUCCUUCUUCUUCUCCUCCUCUUCUUCUUUCUCCUCCUUCUUCUCUUCUCCUUCUUCUUCUUCUCCUGUUUCUUCUAUUUCUUCUUCCUCUUCUUUCUCUUCUUCUUGCAGAUCACGGCUCAUGCGCAGAUUUUUUUAUCGGUGA